AUUCAUAUGACUGUACGCAUGCGUUCUUCCUCCCAGUUCGACCUCUACUACAAUCCGUCAGGAGCUAACGCACUCUGCACCUAGGGGCCAGCAGCUACUUCGCUUGACCAGCGCUACUUUGCCGAGAUGUACGCCUGUGCUAAAUUCGCCUCCACGCCCUCUCUGGUCCGUCUUGGAUCUCGAGCACUGUACAGGCCGGUUUCAGCUGCUGUGGUGUCAGAUGCAAGGAGAGUAGAGACUGCUUCCCUUCUGCCCCACACAAGUGUCGCCUCCCAGCAGCAGGUGGCAGUGCGAGCCUUCCAAACUAGCGCUGUCAGCCGUGACAUUGAUACUGCUGCAAAGUUCAUUGGUGCUGGAGCUGCUACUGUUGGAGUGGCUGGAUCAGGAGCUGGGAUUGGGACUGUGUUUGGCAGCCUUAUUAUUGGCUAUGCCAGGAACCCCUCUCUGAAACAACAGCUCUUCUCAUAUGCUAUCCUGGGAUUUGCCCUCUCUGAAGCUAUGGGUCUCUUCUGUCUGAUGGUGGCUUUCCUCAUUCUGUUUGCCAUGUAAUUCAUUCGGGCCUCUAGAGUUAAGCCAAGUAGUGAUGCUAACAAAGGUUUGAAUGGAUUUAAUGGUACAGCAACUUCAGAAAAUGUAAAAAGAAGCAUGAUUUUGAAGUUGCUGAUACCCAUCAAAACUCAAAUCAUUCUGACAUGGUUUAGCCCUGAUAUUGUAUAUUUAAUCAAAUGUUUUGUUUAAACACGUGACCAGAGAAUAAAAGGACAUUGAAAAUA